UUUAAAAAUGCCCUGUAUGUUUGAGGCCUGUAAAACGAACCAGCAAACAAUGAAGAAGAAUAACCAGGAAAACAUUCGUUUCAUUUCCUUCCCAACCACGGAUUUCGCAAGCGAACAGAUGAGAGCGUUGGCCAAAAAGCGGCUCUACUGGUGGUGUCGCAUAUGUGGAGUAGAUUUCACUACAACGCUCAUCAAUCAGUUGCACAUUUGUUCGCGUCACUUCUAUAAAGGAAACAGUGCACCACUGUGGGAUGUGCAUAAUCCGGACUGGGUUCCAAGUUUAUACAUCCCCCAAAGCGCUCGCGAUCGAGUGGAUGUAUCAACGGAAGAGAGCUGCGAAGAAUUCAUUCGAAACGAACAGCUUACGGAGGAAUCCAUCGCUAAUCCACUGCUCGAUCGUAGGCCAGAUAGUUCAGCCCUUCGUGCGCUACUUAUUGACGAGAUCAUUGCAUAUCCGAUCGGACGAACUUACUUUCUGUUGGACGAUGAGAGCAAACGUUCAGCUCCGUACAACGUGAAGCAACUGUCGAAAGAGCUAAAGCGAUAUCUGUCGAAAUCAACCCCAAUCGGAAGAAUGGUACUGGAACCACACGCCCAAGACUGUCCUCCAAGAAUGUUUUCGUCCAACGGAACGGUUACGGAGUUAGAUUUAUCGAAACCACCACGAUGGGAGACGGAAAAGAUUAUCAUGCGACUACAGAACAGUAUGCUAGAGCUGAUAAACGUAUUGGAUGGGGAUGACACUGUAACACAAAGUUGA